AUGGCGAGCAAACUCGAAACCCAUCAGCCCCACAGUUUAGGGCCCAAAUCCGCUUCUUCUGAUGAUGAGAAGCUAAAAGAAGAGACAGACCUGGGGGAGUCACAGUCUAUCGCAGCAAACGGCCUACUCGAAGCCAUGGGAUACGAGCCUGAACUCACUAGGAACCGAUCGACCCUCCAGGUAGCCUUCAUGUCCUUCGUUCUCGCCUCCAUCCCUUAUGGACUCGCCACCACGUUCAUCUAUCCACUUGUUGGGGGUGGUCCUGUAAACAUCAUCUGGGGCUGGCUGAUAGUCUCAAUAAUCAUUCUCUGUGUGGCAGCGUCACUCGGAGAGAUAACUUCAGUCUAUCCAACCGCCGGCGGGGUGUAUUAUCAGUCCUUUAUGCUUUCGCCUCCGUACUAUCGACGAAUCGUCGCCUGGAUCUGUGGCUGGUCCUAUGUGAUUGGAAAUGUCAUGAUAACCCUGGCAGUGAACUUCGGCUCCGCACAGUUCAUCAUUGCCUGCGUGAACGUUUUUGAGGUUUCUCCGGGCAUCGGCAUUUUUGAAGCAACUGCCUACCAGACAUUUCUGAUCUUUCUAGCCAUCACGAUCUUAUGCAAUGCAGUUUCCUCAUUAUGUAACAAGUGGCUGCCCUAUAUCGACGUGAGUACAGAAAAGGAAGUCUUUCUUUCUCCCACUGACAUUGCCCUCCAGACAUUUGCCAUUUUCUGGACCUUUGCCGGUCUCUUAGCCAUCGUUAUCUGCACCUUGGUAGUCGCCAAGAACGGCAGACAUGAUGGCGCAUAUGUGUUUACAAGCUUCGAACCCCAGUCUGGUUGGCCAGUAGGCUGGUCCUUUUGCGUCGGCCUCCUACAAGCUGCAUAUACGACUUCCUCGACUGGGAUGGUCAUCUCAAUGUGCGAAGAAGUUCAGCAUCCAUCUAAGCAAGUACCAAAAGCUAUAAUUGGCACUGUGAUCCUGAAUACCCUCGCCGGGUUUCUUUUCCUUAUUACCUUAGUAUUUGUGCUUCCUGAUAGCAAAGAACUGAUAGCUCUUGCUUCCGGCCAACCGGUUCCAAGCAUCAUAAAGUCCGCCAUCGGUAAUUCGACAGGCACAUUUCUUCUCCUACUACCAUUGGCGGUACUUGCAAUCAUUUGCGGGAUAGGAUGUACUACUACUGUCUCACGAUCCAUCUGGGCCUUUGCGCGGGACGGGGGCAUCCCAUAUUCCAGCAAAUGGCGAAUUGUGAACAACACCCUGGGCGUUCCCUUCAGUGCUAUGAUGCUGGGUAUGGUAGUCCAGAUUGCUCUUGCGCUCAUAUAUUUUGGGUCAACCACGGCUUUCAAUGCUUUUUCUGGAGUUGGCGUAAUCACGCUUACCGUCAGUUACGCAUGCCCCAUUGCUGUCUCCUUUAUUGGUGGUCGGCGGCAAAUCAAAAAUGGCGAAUUUGACCUGGGUAAGCUGGGCGCAUUCUGCAAUGUUGUAGCUCUGGUUUGGAGCAUACUUGCUGUUCCCUUGUUCUGUAUGCCCUCUUCUAUUCCUGUCACUACAGAGACCGUGAAUUAUGCACCUGUGGUAUUUGUCGCGUUUAUUUUUAUUGCUACUGCUUGGUACUGGGCCUGGGGCUACAACAAAUACGUUGGUCCGCCUACUGUCGAUGAUGCCGUGAUUGACAUUCGUUUCUCGAGUGCGUGA